AUGAUUGCAGGAAACAUUACACAUACAAAAACUAGAUCUAUCGUCCCGGUAGAGUUGAACGCAUUAAUCUUUUGGAAUGCGAAGAUAUUGGGUGAGUUCUACCGGGAAUUGAAUAAUACCAUCAAAGCUUUGGAGUAUGAAGUCAUUGCUACGGAAUGGAAGGAUGCUGUAAAUGCAGUAUUAUGGAACGAGGAAGUGGGUGCCUGGUUGGAUUUUGAUUUGCUCAAUCAAAAAAAACGAAACUAUUUUUACCCAACUAAUAUAUCACCCUUAUGGACGGGGUGUUACGACAAAAAUCGAACAGAUUAUUUUGUGACAAGGAUAUUAAAGUAUUUAAAAGAAAAUGAAGUAUUGACGACUCCUGGGGGAGUACCAACGACUCUCAUGAAAACUGAUGAGCAGUGGGACCAACCUAAUGCAUGGCCCCCACUGCAAUACAUGAUGGUGAAGUCGUUGCAGAACACGGACAAUGAAGAUGCAAAAGUAAUGGCGGCAAAAAUAGCUUCAAAAUGGCUAUGUACGAACUUCGUGGCCUACUAUGGAGACAAACAGUACAAGAUGUAUGAAAAGUACCUAGUGAAUGGAGAUGGCAAAAAAGGAGAAAGUUCAGGAGAAUACGAAAUCCAGGACGGAUUUGGAUGGACGAAUGGGAUCGUUCUCGAAUUUUUACAAUUAUACAAAUCUACAGCCUCAACAGAAGAAUGGAAGAUAACGGCAAAUAGCUGUUAUAAAGAAUACAAGAAACUGAUAAUUUAA